AUGGGAAUGUCUAUUAUAAACCACCGAGGGGCCCUUCGCGCCCCUCUAACACAACAAAAGUUUGAGAUAAAAACCAUCAAAGGAGCACUAGAUGCUGUGGCGCUAGUUGGUGUGGAGCUAGUUACUGUGGAGCCAGAUGCUGUGGAGCCAGAUGCUGUGGAGCCAGAUGCUGUGGAGGUAGUUACUGUGGAGCCAGAUGCUGUGGAGCCAGAUGCUGUGGAGGUAGUUACUGUGGAGCCAGAUGCUGUGGAGCCAGAUGCUGUGGAGGUAGUUACUGUGGAGCCAGAUGCUGUGGAGCCAGAUGCUGUGGAGGUAGUUACUGUGGAGCCAGAUGCUGUGGAGCCAGAUGCUGUGGAGCCAGAUGCUGUGGAGGUAGUUACUGUGGAGCCAGAUGCUGUGGAGCCAGAUGCUGUGGAGCCAGAUGCUGUGGAGCCAGAUGCUGUGGAGGUAGUUACUGUGGAGCCAGAUGCUGUGGAGCCAGAUGCUGUGGAGCCAGAUGCUGUGGAGGUAGUUACUGUGGAGCCAGAUGCUGUGGAGCCAGAUGCUGUGGAGCCAGAUGCUGUGGAGGUAGUUACUGUGGAGCCAGAUGCUGUGGAGCCAGAUGCUGUGGAGGUAGUUACUGUGGAGCCAGAUGCUGUGGAGCCAGAUGCUGUGGAGGUAGUUACUGUGGAGCCAGAUGCUGUGGAGCCAGAUGCUGUGGAGGUAGUUACUGUGGAGCCAGAUGCUGUGGAGGUAGUUACUGUGGAGCCAGAUGCUGUGGAGCCAGAUGCUGUGGAGGUAGUUACUGUGGAGCUAGUUGUGACUGUGUAG